AAACGCAUUCUACACACAUCCUGUCAGAAAUGUGAUAAGCCUAGGCAGAGCAGGUGUCUAGAACCACAGCGCAAGCCCGGAAGGUAUAAACGGAGCUCUUUCUCUCUCUACUUCCUGGGCCUGCUGACAGCGGUCAUUGGGGCUGGAAUCGGAGGCUCUGCCGUGGCCCAUUUCCUCCAGCAGCACUUUGGACCUCGGGUGCAGAUCGACGUGUAUGAGAAGGGGACUGUGGGUGGCCGCCUGGCUACCAUCUCCGUCAACAAGCAACACUACGAGAGCGGGGCCGCCUCCUUUCACUCCCUGAGUCUGCACAUGCAGGAUUUCGUCAAGCUGCUAGGGCUGAGGCACCGGCGCGAGGUGGUGGGCAGGAGCGCCAUCUUCGGCGGGGAGCAUUUUGUGCUGGAGGAGACCGACUGCUGGUGGCACUAUGGCAUCAGCUUCCUGCGGCUACAGAUGUGGGUGGAGGAAGUCAUGGAAAAGUUCAUGAGGAUCUACAAGUACCAGGCCCAUGGGUAUGCGUUCUCGGGCGUGGAGGAGCUGCUCUACUCACUGGGGGAGUCUGCCUUCGUCAACAUGACCCAGCGCUCCGUGGCUGAGUCCCUGCUCCAAGUGGGCGUCACACAGCGCUUUAUCGAUGAUGUCGUCUCUGCCGUCCUGCGGGCCAGCUAUGGCCAGUCAGCAGCAAUGCCCGCCUUUGCUGGCGCCAUGUCACUUGCUGGGGCCCAAGGCAGCCUGUGGUCUGUAGAAGGGGGUAACAAGCUGGUUUGUUCUGGUCUGCUGAAGCUCACCAAGGCCAACGUGAUCCACGCCACAGUGACCUCUGUGACCCUGCACAGCACAGAAGGAAAAGCCCUAUACCAGGUGGGGUAUGAGAAUGAGGUGGGCAACGGCUCUGACUUCUACGACAUUGUGGUCAUUGCCACCCCCUUGCAUCGGGACAACAGUAGCAGCAACUUCACCUUUGAAGGCUUCACCCCACCCAUCGAUGAUGUCCAGGGCUCUUUCCAGCCCACUGUCGUCUCCUUGGUUCAUGGCUACCUCAACUCCUCCUACUUUGGUUUCCCUGACCCUAAGCUGUUCCCCUUUGCCAACAUCCUGACCACAGAUUUCCCCAACUUUUUCUGUACUCUGGACAACAUCUGUCCCGUCAACAUCUCAGCCAACUUUCGGCGGAAGCAGCCCCAGGAGGCAGCUGUUUGGCGAGUCCAGUCCCCCAAACCCCUCUUGCGGACCCAGCUGAAGACCCUUUUCCGUUCCUAUUACUCAGUCCAGACAGCCGAGUGGCAGGCCCACCCCCUCUACGGCUCUCGCACCACCAUCCCGAGGUUUGCGCUCCAUGACCAGCUCUUCUACCUCAAUGCCCUAGAGUGGGCAGCCAGCUCUGUAGAGGUGAUGGCCGUAGCUGCCAAGAACGUGGCUUUGCUGGCCUACAACCGCCGGUACCAG